AAUGGAAAUUUGCAUAGUAGGCAGAAUAAGUUUUGAUUUAGAUUUUUUAGGAAGGAUAUUUAUUUGUUCCCUUUAGAAUAUUGGCUUUUAGUGCUGUUAAAUUUCGGUUACAAAAGAGUUAUGCUCGUACAUUCUCUGUAUCGAUAUGGGAAAAGAAAAAUCUAAAAAGCGGCAUCGAAGUUCUAGCGAAGAUAGUUCUAGUUCCAGUAGCUCAGAUUCUUCUCAUGAAAAGAAAAAGCUCCGGAAAUUGAAGAAGAAAUUAAAAAAGGAACAACGAAAAACUGAGAAAGCGUUAAAGAAAAAGCUGAGAGAGGAAAAGAAGAAGCUGAAAAAGAAACAUAGGAGCAAGAGUUCGAGCGGCAGCCGCGAUGAAAGCAAUCUCGAAGAAACGCCGGCGGAUAUACCGAUAGAACUAAUGGAGAAAUCUAAAGCUAUGGCACCAAUGACCAAAGAAGAAUGGGAGAAAAAGCAAAGUGUUGUCCGAAGAGUUCUGGAUGAAGACACAGGAAGAUAUAGGUUAAUAAAAGGAGAUGGAGAAGUUUUAGAAGAAAUUGUGUCAAGAGAUAGGCACAAGCAGAUCAACAGACAAGCCACACAGGCUGACGGAGAAUUCUUCCAAUCCAACACUGUCCAUAAGAAAGCUUCCUAGCUAUUAAAUAAGCUAUUGUAAAUAAGCAAACUUUGUUAGUCUUAAGACUGUCUUGCAAGCAUUUAUUAAUUCUCUUUUUCAAAGAAUGUGGUUUUGUUCUCUUUAUUUCUUUUUCAUUUUAUUAAGUUCAGUUUUAUUUAAUAAAUGUACAUAGGAUUUUAAUGAAAUUUUCCUGAAGGUAGACCAUAUUAUCUAGUCUAUAAUUGAAUUCUGAAAUUAUUGUUUUGCAAGUCUUGCUGACACCAUCCUUCCUGGAGAGGCGCACAGUGUACAAUUUUUUGACCAUGAUAUUGCAUUGUGAGUCUUUUUACAUUAAACAACUCCCAUCAGAUAUCAGCAACUUUUCCUUACCCAUCGUUACAAUUCUAGUUGCCUGAAAGUGCAGGUUUCCUUAACCAUGUUUUCCCUCAUGUAGCUAGUGAGGAUUGUAAUUUUUCUUAUAUUUAAAUUUUUCCUUAUUUUAGUUUUCAUAUUUUGCUAGAAAGUAGACUUAUUUAAAAUAAUUCAUGACGAAGAAUUAAGUUGGUUGCAGACUGUUCUGAACCAUCCACUCGUUUUCAAUGGUAGGUUGGUUUCCAGCACUGAACUAAAAACUUACUGUUUACAGAAGUUACCGAUGUCACUUUCAUAUGCUUUGCUCAGCCUAUUUCCAAGUUGUGUCCGAAUAAUGUAAAGAUUAUUCACAUUUGUUGAAAUA